AUUCAAGAAAAUUUUUAAAGCGGUUGUGUCAUUAUUAUCUGUCUCACGUUUGAAACGUGACGUUUCUAAUGUUACUGCUGUCGCUGUUGCAGUGUGUUGUCGUUAAACUCGUGUUCUAUGUUGUUAAAAAUAUGCAAAAUGUAAAUGAUGUGCUGAGUGCGAGUUGUGUGUGCGUUAUAUUUCAAGCAUAUUUUCAUUUUUCCGCCGUGCACAUCGUGUGCUACUCAUGUGUUUCCAUUAUUUCCUUGUUGUGAAUUUUCUUUCUCAAACUCGCUCUCGUGUGCUAUGUUCUACAAUUUCUCCGAACAAUUAAAGUAUCGCUUUUGUGUCGCAGAUUCAUAAACAAUGUGCCGUGGACAUGACGAGUGGCUUUAGCUGAUGGAAAUCGCUUCAGAGUUUUAUGCAUAAAUGCAUGCUACUUGAAACAGUAAUUUGCCUCACAUGUUGUUAAACAAUUAAAACAACAGCAACAGCAACAGAAGAGGAAGGAAAAAAAAACAUUGUGUUGUAUGUGUUGACAGUGGCAACGGCAUCGGGUGAAGAACAACUAUUAUGUAUAAAUAUAUAAAUACGCGCAAUUGCCGUAAGCGGAAAACCCCAUUGUCUGCAUCUGAUUACUUGGGUGUUGUGCCAGAAAUGGGGCCUGAAGUCCAGAGAGUGGAAAAUAUUCGAUUGUGCUUGUGCGAAAAUAUACACAUAAAGAAAAUUUAAAUUGAACUCCGAGAGAAAGAACGAACGAAGAGGAAGAAGAAGAAGAAGAAGAAGAAGAAGAAGAAGAGAAAAAAAAACACGAAACGUAAAGCUUGAAGUUUCAUUUGUGAAAUAUAUAUGUAUAUCAACUAUUUGUUCAUGAUAAAGCACAACAUUUUUGACCAUUUAAAUCGAUGUGAAAUGGGCAACGAUUCGAUUUGUGUGUGAAUACGUCAUCCAAGAAGAAACAGUUUAUUUAAUUGAAAAACGAAAAGUUCUUGUUUUUUUUUUUCUGCUGUCCCGUGUCUGUCAUUCGGUCGCGUUUAUCGAGAGAAAAAAGAGACAAUUUCCGAGAUUAAGAAGCACAGAAUGCCAGAUUCGUUGAAAUUACGAGCAACAAUAAGAUAGAAGAAAAAUAGUGCACGAAAUACGUUGCCAAAACAGAAGCGAGCAGCAUAAACGACAAAUACAAAACAAAAACGAAGACAAACUUAUGAAACUUGUGCAAGUUUUUUUUUGCGCUCUCAAAUCAAUUGUAUCAGUUAAAUGUUCAAUAUACAGUGAAACGAAAAGUAAAUUUUUUUUAGAGACAUCGUCCGUUCAGUGUUUGUUUGUUCUUUCGUGCAAAUUGAUACACACGUAAAUUAGUUUUCCGACUGAAUGUUUUUUCCUACGAAACCAAGUAAAAUUGAUGAAUUUUAGUGGAACAUCUGUCAAAAACGGAACCAUACCAUAGAGACAAGAAAAGACAUUUUUUUUUUAAAUCCUAUCCAUUGCUCAUCAUCAACAAAAAUCGUUGUAGCUGUCGUGUCGACAGUUUGGUAGUUUUGUCAUCGAAGAAAGAGAAAGAGAGAAAGAAAGAGUGGGCGAAAAAGAAACCAACGAGAAGAAGAAGACAAAAAAGAAUAUCGCCCAGCAAUCAGCACUUCAUCCACAUCGCAAAGACUGCAAUUAGUUUGCUAUUUGUAUUUCAAUUAUUGCAUUAUAAAAUUCGGUCGAACAGAUAUAUAGAUUGAUUUUGUUUUUUUGGUUCGCUUUUGCUAAUUAGAUCAGUGCGUGUGUGAAUAUACUCCAUACUCCAUUUGCUAUAUAUAUAUACAUAUAUGAUUACGCGUUUUAUCAAUUUUGUUGUUUAUGUUUUUAUCCAUUACAUGAACAUGUGUAGUUCGUUUUGAGAUAGAGAUCUUUCUCUCGUCAAAAAAAGAAGAAGAAACAAAACAAGUUAUUGUGCAAAGUAUUUUAUAUUAAAAAAAGAAGGCAAAAAAUACUAAAUAUCAUACGAAUCAAAGAGAAAGAUUGUUUAUCGAUCAGUUCAUCAAGUUUAAAUAAAUUAUUAGCUUAAGUUUAAAAAAUUAUUUAAACAAAAUAAAGCAACCAUAAACAACCAAUAAAUCAGUUAUCAAAACUAUAUAAAAAUUCACUAAUCCAAAAUCGAAUAAUCAAAACACGAAACAAUCAAAACGCAAUUCCUCCAUUCAACCACAACUACACAAUGUCGUCGAUAUCAGCCCAGGGUGUUGUUGAACGUGCUUCGGUCGAACUUGCAAAACGCAUUAACGGCCUGCGCUCGAAACAUCAUCACGGCCACGGUAAAACCAGCGUUAUGGAACGCGUUACGAAUGCAUUGUGCGGUGGAAGUAGUCAUAAUAAUGCAUCGAUUGGUGCACCCGAAAAACCUGAAAAACCGUCCAGAAUCGCAUCGGCAAAGCAAAUUGGUCAAAAAUUGAUCACAUCGUCCGGUAGUAAUAGUCAACAAGGAACGCCACAAUCCAUUCGAAAGCUACAAACGUCAACCAAUGCUCAAAAUGUGAAUGCCAUGAAUAUGGGAGGCAGUGGAAACGAUUGUGUCACACAAAAGAAGCUCAAUGCCGAUUUAAAUAGUUGGAAUUGGAUUGCCAAAUCAAAUAUUAGCACGAUGGAGCAAUUGCUGCAGGACGAACGAUUUCUCAAUAAAUUUUUUCAGUAUUUUACACCGUACGAAAGGCGUACAUUGGCCCAGGUGUGUGCACGUUGGCGUGACACCUUGUAUCGUAGUCCGAAAUUUUGGUCGGGCAUAUUGCCGACACUGCAGUGUCGCGAACUUCGUAUGAUGUCAAAUCAAGACCGGGUAAAAUUGUACAAUUCACUGGUGCGACGAGGUUUCCAUGCAAUAUGCCUGCUCGGUGCGACCGAUGAGGAUGCCAUCGAUAUUGUACACUCAUUUCCAUUAGCCUCAAAGCACAUCCAUUCGCUGAGUUUGCGAUGUGCAUCCGUCAGUGAUCGUGGACUAGAAGCGUUGCUUGACCAUCUGCAAUCAUUGUUUGAGCUCGAAUUAGCUGGAUGUAAUGAAGUAACUGAAGCCGGUCUAUGGUCGUGUUUAACACCUAGAAUAGUUUCAUUGUCAUUGGCGGACUGUAUAAAUAUUGCUGAUGAAGCUGUUGGUGCCGUUGCACAACUUUUGCCUUCUUUAUACGAAUUUUCUUUACAAGCUUAUCACGUCACUGAUGCCGCAUUAGGUUACUUUUCCCCAAAACAAAGUCACAAUUUAAGUAUAUUGCGCUUACAAUCUUGCUGGGAGCUAACAAAUCACGGCAUUGUAAAUAUAGUUCAUUCGCUACCCCAUUUAACCGUCCUGUCAUUGUCCGGAUGCAGUAAAGUCACGGACGAUGGCAUCGAAUUGAUUGCUGAAAAUCUACAAAAAUUGCGUGCAUUAGACUUGUCAUGGUGUCCGCGGAUCACCGAUGCAUCGCUCGAAUAUAUCGCCUGCGAUCUCAAUCAGCUGGAGGAACUAACGCUUGAUCGGUGUGUGCAUAUAACGGAUAUUGGCGUCGGUUAUAUAUCAACAAUGUUAUCGUUGACGGCAUUAUUUUUGCGCUGGUGUUCACAAGUUCGUGACUUUGGAUUACAACAUCUUUGUUCGAUGCGGAAUCUGCAAGUACUUUCCUUAGCAGGCUGUCCCCUAUUGACAUCAAGUGGUUUAUCCAGCAUAAUUCAACUACGUCAUCUGCAAGAGUUGGAGCUUACCAAUUGUCCGGGCGCAUCGCAGGAACUAUUUGAGUAUCUUCGUGAACAUUUACCACGUUGUUUGAUUAUCGAAUAAAAUCCACAACUGAGAAAUGGGAAAAAAAAACAACAACAACGACGACGGGAUGAAUACGAUAUUCUGUUAUAUAAUGUAAUUGUUGUCCAAUGCAAACAUUUCAGUUGGUAUGAUGCAUCAGUCAUGGAGUGAGAUGAACUAACGCGACAUUUCAACUCUAUUUGAAAAAAAAGAAGAAGCAAAAGUAAAAUCACGUUCUAGCUUUAGAAAUCAUGAAACAGAAACAA